AUGUCAACGUCAGACUCCCAACAACAGCAAAAGCUCGACCUCGCCAUCACCAUCCUUCUGCACACAUGGCCGGCUCUAACGCUCGCCGUGCAAUCAUCCUGGGGCGGCGGCAACUCCUCCGACAAACGCGAGUGGCUCUGUGGCGCAAUCUCCGAGAUAUUCGCGACACGCCCUGAAACCGACUCCUACGAUAUCGAAGACAUCCUGAUCCAGGUAAUGAACGACGAGUUCGACGUUGCCGUCGAUGACGGGUCGGCGGGCGCGGUGGCGGAUCAGAUCAUGGCUGCUAAAGUGAAGAUUGAUCAACAAGAUUAUACGGAGGUGGAUGCGAUGUGGCUGGACUAUAAUGAGAAGAUGGAGAGGAGGGGGGAUGUGCAGCAGGGUUUGUUCAGGCAGGUUGAGACUAGGGAGGAGGAUCAGGAGACCGAUGAGGAGGAGGGCGAGAGUGAGGAUGAGGAUGAUGAGAUGGGAGAGGCGCCGCCGUUGGUGAGUAGGCAGCCUAGAGAGAGGGUUGAGCCAGAGGUUGAUGAGGAUGGGUUUACAAAGGUUGUUGGGAAGAAGAAGCGAUGA